UGCACCACAAUUACACUUCAGGGCUUCACUGUUCCUGCUGGCCAGGGUUUAAUUCUGAAUCUUUUGCCAGGAACAACGGUUACGAUGGCUGGUGAUAUUUCAUUUGGCAACAAAAGCUGGGCAGGCCCCCUUUUCACCAUAAUUGGAACUUCUAUCACAUUCAACGGGAAUGGCCAUAAUUUCAAUGGGGGAGGUCCCUUCUAUUGGGAUGGUACGGGUCUCAAGGGUCUCAAUUCCAGUAUACAAAAGCCAGAUCCUAUGAUGAGGUUUGCUCUAAUGUCAGGAACUUUUCAGAAUGUGACAGUGGUCAACUCGCCCGCGCGGGUUUUCUCUGUGUCGAAUCCCGCACCCUUGUUGAUGACAAAGUUGACAGUCGAUAACUAGAUGGACAAUCCAUCCAUCCUUUCAGGCCACAACACCGAUGGAUUCGACGUGAGCGGCCAUGACGUAACGAUUCAGAACUGUACGGUUCAUAAUCAAGACGAUUGCCUUGCAAUCAACAGAGGGAAAAACAUCAUCUUCGAUCGCAACACCUGCAUUGGUGGUCAUGGUAUCUCAAUUGGCUCUAUUGGCUCCAAUGUCGCUGUUUCUGGCGUCAUCGUUACAGGUAACAUUAUCACCGAAAGUGACCAGGCUCUUCGUAUUAAAACCGAUGCUACAGCAAUUGGGAGUGUCGUUGACAAUGUCACAUACGCUGGAAACACUGCGAAAGGAAUCCGAAGAUUUGGCGUGAUCAUCGACCAGAGUUAUCCCAGCACCCUUGGUACUCCUGGAACGGGCACUAUUAUUUCGAACGUCAACUUUGGUAGCCCCACUUCCAACAUUGCCGUGAACAGCGGGGCAAAGCAGGUUGCGGUAAAUUGUGGACACGGUUCUUGCACAGGUACAUGGGACUGGCACUACCUGUCUGUCAAAGGCGGCGUUACAAGUCAGUACACUGUUGAUUGA